AAAUUGCCGAAAAAACAUUUUCAUCAAUUUCUAGCUCACCUGAAUUUAGAAAAAUCCCAAAAAUAUAUAUUUUUAUAAAGAAUUUUAAAUUUACCUGUUUUUUGAUAUUGGUUCAUCCAGAGGCCCAACCAAGCCAUCCACGAUCUUCCAAUAUUGUUUCUCACACUUCGAAGAGGCUCAAAGUCAGACGAUCACAAGGCGAAUCAACAUUGUCACUGACUGCCAAUGGCUCGCCACCCUCGAGCGACCUUGGACCUGAACACUACUUGGGCAAGCUCAUCUGCCCCAUUUGUCACGAGGAUUUGACGUGCUCGACACGCGAAGCAGAUCGACAAGCUCACAUUGACGCGUGCCUGGAGAUAACCCAGGCUACACUGAUCAUGUGCGAAGAAACAACUCACAAUAUGCCUGGUGAAGCCACCACCGCCGAUUCUUUCCCUGACGUGAACCAUGUCGACGAUGGUCAUAAUGACAAUGUUGGAACGUUCAGUAUGCAUUCGUUUCCCGAGUCCAUUCCAAGUCCUGGCCUGUGUGGGCGAUCGAUUUCCUCAUACACGGAUAGCAUUCAGCGACACUCUUUUUCUCAGCCAGAAACGGCUUCCGGUCAUCGCUUCUUCUCUCAGGGAUACUCGCCGUGUUCUGUCAUUGAUGGUUAUGAAGCUUCUUACGACACUGGCGUACGUACUCUUUAUGCAGAUCAACGGUUUUUAAAGUCAAGGCAUGUUUUGUACUGUCAGGAAGAUCUUCAACUGGCGAGCCGGCUAUAUCCCGUGUCCCUCACCGCCUCCCACCAUGACCAACUCACCGCUCAUAUCACAAGAAUUCGCACAGAUCCAGCGCACCGAAAAAAGGUUCUUGACAAACUGGCUUGUAUUUGGCGCCAGAAGGAUGGCAUCAUUGCGUCGCAUUGGCUGGACAAUGAUAAACAGUUUCUUGAGACACUCAUGAAUGAUAUUAAGCAAGAUAAGAACGAAACGAAUAUUGGUAAUUUGUUAUUGUCAGACGAACAAGACGGUGAAAAGGUCAUGUUCAGUCUACUGCAAACGGAUUUGCGAUUUGCUCGUGCGUUGGCAUGUGUAAGCUUUUAUCAAGACAGGCAACCGGUCUUCGAGACGUCGACACAGAUAUCGGAACCAGGGCAAGAUUUUCCUUCCGAGGAUGCUGAAAAUGCCGAACACGCAUCCAGUUCCCUGUCGCUUGUCGAUCUUACCGAUAGCGCCAAUGAUGUCCUGCAAGGCAUCUCCGUGGGCGAGAAUCCAAGGACCGUCUUGUCUUCGGUUUCUGAUGGCGACCCUCAAGGGGAACCCGACAUUUUUCUUUUAAGCGACGAUAUCGAUGAUUCUUACAGAGCUGACCUUGUAUCCAACGACGAUCUUCGCGAAGGCCCGGAUUCUCAACAAGGUGGGGCAUAUAAUCCUUGUUCUUCGCCAAUCAACAACCCGGCCCCCCGUACAACCACAGCGGCCACGAUGCCUGAUUAUGACAACUUCAUGUUGCCUGAAUUAAAGAAUGCUUUACAAAAAUAUGGAUUCAAGCCUGGACGCAGAAAGGAAAUGAUUGCCCAGUUACGACGGAUAUGGGAAGUGUCCCAUCCAACUUGAUGGAUCUCAAAUCGAUUGUGUAUACCAGUAUACUCCUGGACACUCUUACCUACCAUUAGUCAGCAUUUUGCUUUUUAACCCCUAAGACAUAACUGUAUAUAAUUUCAAUAGCUACCGCAAGUCGAUGCACUGUAUCCGUAUCACACCUUGUAUUUAUUUUAUGCAUCUAUUACUUAACAAGCCGUACACCCGCUGUGCAAUGGAUGCCACCUGCUAUUGGACGUCGCCCCCUUACAUUGAGCGA